AUGGAAGCUGCAAAAGAAGACAUUUCCUUGUCUGCAUUUGAAGAACGAAAAGAGACAGGAUCGGAUGAAGAAGAGGAAAAGGAGGUGAAGAAACGAGUAUCUAUCAAAGAAGCCUGCAGAGGUGCUCAU